UGUCAGACAGUUCAGAGCGUGACUCUGCCGCCAUCUCUGCGCAGGAACAACAGGCUCUGUGACAAAAGUUCCCACGACGCCGCCCGAGGGCCCCACAAAUGUCGAGGCAGGGAAGGGAUGGAAGAAAGCUUUGAGACAUUUGAAGAGGAGUUAGGGCUACCAAGAGCAGAUCCUCCUCCACAGAAGCCUGUUCGACAGAUCCGCAGACCAGAAAUGUACGCUACACGAAGAGUCAGAGAGGAAAUGGCUCCGGUUCCACAGCAACCAAGAGGAGAGCCCAGAGCUUUACACAGGGAACCCAGCCACCCCAGAGCAACAUCCUUGCACAAGCAAGCAGUGUCCACGCAAAGCACGAGCCAGCUUGAAACACCGUGGGAGAAUGUCACCCUCAACCGCUGUCUGUUUGUGGUUGUUACCAUCCUGGUGCUCACCUCAGGCUUUCAGAGGCUACACGAAACUCUGCGUGGUCAGAGGACAGUGGAGGAGGAGGAAGAAUACGACCUAGCAGUAAGACGGUCAUGCAUAUUACGACACAGACAACCAUCAGAGCCUGAGACAAGUCUGUGGGAUAUCAUGUUUUGGUGGCUGCCAGACCUUGAUGAUGAUGAAGAGGAUGAGGAGGAGGAGGAAGAUGAUGACAUAGAGGUCAAAAGAAGAAAGCCAAAAAGAGGAGGGACAGUACAAACAUGGAGAGGUCUAAGAAACAAGCCACUACCUGACAAAAACCUCAUGAAGCGAAGAGGAGGAAAAUUAAAGAACAGGAGGGCCAAGAAAGUAAGAGAUGAAGAAAUCAAAGACAAGAACAAAAGAGACAAAACAGAGGAACCUGAAGAAGCAGUAGAUGAUGAAGAUGGGGAUGAAGUAAACUAGGAGGCAGCGCACAAGAUCAAAAAGUCUGAGAAACAGAAAGAGAAGAAAUAAUCUCAAAAGGGAUGAGUUGAUCAGUUUUUAUCUAAAUCAAUUUGAUCUUUUAUUAAAAGGUGGUAAUAUUGAAUUCAUUUAAUACAUUUUCUGUCAAACUGACUCAAAUGUAACGUGUCCUUCCAUUUAAAUGACUGGACACAAUCAGUCAGCUUUUUGUUUUGUUGCUAUGAUUUUGUGUAAUGGAGCUUUGAUCUGUAAAGAUGUUUGCAUUUUCAUUUCAGUUAAUCCUGCUGCUUUAUUUUAACUCUGUGUAAUCAUUUACUUCCCUUUAGAAAGUUAUAAAACAUCUUUAAUAAGUUGCUCAUCAGUUGUGAUACUUCAGUUAACUGUCAAUAGUAUGCAGAAGGUAUAGUUUUCUAGAGUACAGCAAAAUAAAGUUACCAAUUAUUUCAUCAUUUAG